AUGGUGCCAUUCGAAUGUUGGGACAACUGCGCCGAAUCGGUGCCUUGGCGGACGAAAGAGAAGCCGAAGACACCGUGUCGUCUUGUGGUCCCGAACGUUCGAUCUACCGAAGCAAGAAUUCCGGAAAAUCCAUUUAUAUUAGUCGAAACGAUCGCAAAUAAAAAAGAUCGUAAACGCGUUGCACAUUAUCUUAACCGUAAUAUUGAAGGUGGUGAUCCUUCUACUUGUAUGUGUUAUAUGGAAAUUGUUAAACGCUAUGGUUUUGAUCAUAUUAUUAUCAUCGGGGAAUGCUACGCUGGAAUUCUUUUCCUGGACUGCUACGGUCGUGUGUUCGAAUGGGACUCAAUGUGUAAUGUUUUAUGGUCACUUGGGGAUUAUAGGAAUGAGGCGACAAAGGAGUCUCGGACUGGGCGUGUAAGAUGGGUUUUAGAGUUCGAUGGGACUAUUGUUGAAUUUGAGGAUGUUAAAGAUGAUUCAUCAAAUAAACUAACCUUUGAUAACCCCGCUACAAAAAUGAUUGAUAUUCACCCUGUUGCAAAGGAAAAAAAAAGAAUUUGA